AUGGGCUCUCGUCUCGAUUCUAAGUCCAGUGAAGUGCGCAAACGUAUCGAAAACCGUAAGUCCCAUGAGUUCCGCGACGAGACAGGCGAGGAGUAUGAAGCCUCUAGCUUCGGCGGUCUUGCAGACUACAUGCGACGCAAAAGAGUAAAAUUACAAAACUUGGACGAAGAACUCCGUGCUAGUUCCAGUGACAAGCCGCCAAUAUUCCGCGGCGUUGUCGCGCAUGUCAAUGGAUAUACCCAACCUUCUCUGCAAGAUCUCCAUCAUCUCAUCGUCAAGCAUGGGGGCGGUUUUCUCCAAUUUCUAGAUGGGAAAACUGCAGCAACUCAUAUAAUUGCGAGUUCCUUGACUCCGAAGAAACGCGAGGAAUUUCGGCGGUACCGCAUUGUGAAACCUGCAUGGGUCACAGAUAGUAUCAAGGCUGGACGUCUGCUCCCCUGGAAUGACUUCCGGAUAGUUGAUCAGAGUCAUUCUCAAAAGGUGUUACAACUUGGCGGGGGAACCUUCACGAGCCAGACCAAUACUGCUCGUAAUAGUUACAAGGAGCAGUCAGCCACCAGCUGGUACAGCUCCCAACUCAAGGCCGUGGGCACGGACAAUACAUAUAAUGAAUCUACGCCAAAAUCCAACACUCACUUGAGAGCUCGCGAAGAUCUAUCGCCGACUCGACCGCAACUAUCAACCACUGGCCGUAUUUUUAGCCCGGCCACUGGUGACGAAACUCAAUCGUCAUCAGCAAGGCCAAGGCAAAAUAACGAGCAACUUAUGAAAACCCCUUCAAGAAAAAACGAAAUAUCGGCUCCCGAUGAUCCUGAUGAAUUGGAAAGCCCAUGUAAAGACGACUCCGCCCGCAUUCAAGUUGACCCAGUCCUCAGCAACAGUGCCCAUAAACCUUUGAACCUUUCAGGAAGACAAUUUAUAUUGCCUGCUACACCAGAAGUUAAGCCAUCGCCUGUACGGCCUGAUAUCAGAUCCAAACUUAAAGCACAGGCAAAGCCUCAGCAUGACCGACCUGAGUCCCCAUGUCCUUCAAAUAAAACUCCUAGUGGGAAAACUACCGACACCGACAUUCCUCUUCAGACCGAACUGGAUCCUGAAAUAUUGGCUGCGCUACCGGAUGAUAUUCGUAAGGAGGUAAUGGGCUACUAUCAAUCUACUACAGCUAUAAACUCGCCGCGUCCUUCUACUUCGCGCUCGACGCCAUCCAAGCCCGUCAGGCAGAAAAAGCCAUCUUCGCCAUCUAGAAAAAAUAAUAACCGUCCACCAAAAGUGGCGUCAAAUUCCAGCGGAACCUUGAUGCAACAUGGUUUCAUUUCACGGUCCGCGGGCACCUGA